AUGUUUCGCUCGACUGUACCUCUUGUGACGCGCGAUACUGGAUUAUACUUAACGCGAUGGUUCGGUGAGAGGCUUACGACCGUAAGCACAAUUGUCCGUGAGUGUACUCCAUUUGGUGAACUUCACUGUUACAACAAUAUUGAAAAAGACUCAAAAAUGGCGGCGACCAGAAGUUGUUUCCUAUUCAUCGCCGUCCACUUGGUAUGCGCGAUCGCCGCCCAGGAGAUGGACAAGCGCGUGCCGCAGGGGUUCCUCGGCAUGCGCGGCAAGAAGUACCUGGACUCGGAGGAGCCGGAGCAGUUCUACAAGCGGAAGCCCCAAUUCUUCGUCGGCGUCAAGGGGAAGAAGAGUUACGACGAGGAGUAUAUCGACUACAAACGCACGCCCACCGGCUUCGUCGGAAUGCGGGGCAAGAAGGAGUAUCCCGAGCUGAUCCUGCUGCCGAACCCGGACGCCGCCGACAGGGCUGGCUCUCUGUUCGGCCAGAUAGACUAUACGGCCAACGAGCUCGGCCCGAUCGAGCCUUCCCUGGAGGGGCUCAUCAGCGACUACAUCCAGCGGCUGCAGGGCUCCAACCUCAGCCCGGAGCACGCGGAGGCGGCGGACGAAUACGACGGCGUCACCAACGAGGCGAAGAGGGGCUUGCACCAGUUCUACGGGGUGCGCGGCAAGAAGUCCGCGCAGAGCAAGCGGCCGUAUGACUUAUCUUUCCGCGGCAAGUUCAUCGGCGUGCGGGGGAAGAAGGACGGGAGGGGAGGCGCGCAGGAGAUCAAGUUCCUCUUGGGCCAGGGCGGCCCGUGGCCGAAGCGGAAGGCGCAGCUUGGCUUCGUCGGCAUGCGAGGCAAGAAGUGGACCGAUGAAUCCAGCCCCGAGGAGACACCCAAC